AUGUCCACCAAUCCUUCUAUCAUUGCUACUGAUGAGGAUGAGCCUUACUCCAGUGGAACAUCUGCCUCUGUCAGUUACAACACACCUGGCUUAUCAGUAGGUUCUUCUGCCAGUGUUACUGGUGACACACGUGUCUUCUCUAGUAACACCUCCAGUGUGUCCAAUGGACCUACCCAGCCAAGUUUAUCCAGCACAUCCUACAGUACAUAUCUUGGCCUGUUUGAGGAAGAAUACCUGUCAGAUGACCCCGAGCUCCAAGAAGCCAUUUCAAGGUCUUUAGACUCAAGUGCAAGUGAAAGUGACGUCCAGAGCUUAGAGAGAAUCUUGGAGCAGAUUGUUACUAGAGUAAAUAAUGACAGCACUGUACGCUUCAACAUCAUAAGGCGAAAUGUGUGGGAUGGAGCAUCCAGAGCCCUGGGCAGAUCCAAUUUUUCACCAGAGAAAAAAAUAGAUGUGAAGUUUACUGAUGACUAUGGAAUAUCUGAGGGUGCUGUUGACAAUGGAGGACCUACUCGGGAGUUCUUCCGACUUUGCCUCUGUGAAGUCAAGGACAAACUUGGCAUCUUUGAAGGUCCACCCAAUGCUAAAGUUCUUACGUGCAAUUCUAAAGCAAUGAAAGAUAAUGGAUACUACUAUGCUGGCCAGAUCAUGGCAAUGUCAAUUGCCCAUGGGGGACAGAGUCCAUGUUUCUUGUCUGAACUCUUGUAUGAGUGUCUUCAAAAGGGUCCAGACAAUGUAAAAGUCAGCAGUGAGCAUAUUACUGAUGAGGAAACAAGGUCACAAGUGCAGUCGAUCGUACAGGCCGAGAAUGAUCUACAGCUGCAAGAUGCAGUUGCACAGGCAGCCAGCUUGAUCAGUCUUGCUGGUCACAAUGUUUGCAUAACACUUCAAAACAAACAAGAAACUGCUUUGGAUCUGGCUCACUGGUAUGUCCUUCAACGGACCCGUGCACCUUUUGAAAGGUUCAGAGAUGGCUUGAGGUCUCUAGGUGUCCUAGAUGCUCUACAGACAUACCCUCUUCAGAUGAAGUGCCUUUUCGUGAAAGCUGGAAUGGCUCUGAGAGCAACUGAUAUGGAGAAUCUAUUCCAGAUCAUUCACUCUGAACGAGGGAGUAAUGCAUUUCAAGACGAGUGCCGGACCCUGGCUUUCUGGCAAGACUAUCUUCAGGAGGCAGAAUUUGAAAAUGAUGUCUCUUUGGAAGAUAUUCUUGUUUUCUGCACUGGAUGUGACAGCAUACCAGCCCUGGGUUUUUCUCCAAAGCCAAGCCUUGAGUUCGUCACUAACUGCAGAUUUCCAGUGGCCAAUACUUGUGAAAAUAUCCUUCGUAUACCAGUUCAUGCAGUGUACACUACUUUCAAAUCAGACAUGGAUUUUGCAAUACGGAAUUCACCAGGAUUUGGAAGAGCAUGAUGUGUUUCCUUAAGGAUUGUUGACAUGAUGAGGAUUUUUUUUUUUUUUUUUCUAUUUUGCAUAUGCAUUUUUAAUUUUCUUGUUUUUUGUUAAUGUUGUUAAGCCCACAUCAGAGUACACCCUGGACAGCAGUAGGACUGUAUAGCCUAAAUAAGCUUCAUGUGUGUCUUUCAAAUUACAGCUUAAAUACCAGUUCAUGCAGUGUACAUUAC